AUGCUCACUCGCUUCCCACUGUACAACGUCUCCGGGUCAUCAUCCGCCUUCUGGCACGGCGAGAUUGACUCGGGCAGCUGCCUCGAGGCAGACACCGCGCGCCCUCCCACGGGCCGGCUGCGCACCUGCUCGUGCCCGCCGUGCCAAGCCGCCACGACCGCGACGCCUGGCGACUACGUGUUCUGUCUUCCGUCGCUCGUGAUCAUCGGGAUGGCCAAGGCGGGCACGGAGGAGAUGCGGGGCUGGCUCUCCUCGCACCCGGCGAUGCGCGUCACCACAGAGAGAGAAACGCAAUUCUUUAAUCAGCUGUUUGGCGCGGCCGGCGGCGUGCCACAGCGGCAGCAGGGCAGGGGAAAGCGGGCGGGCGGGCGGGCGCUCGCCGAGGAGAGCCCGGCCGCGGUGCAGGCCCGCGUGAUCGCCGACCUCGCCUCCGCCUGGCCGCGCUACGCGUCGCUCUUCCCGGUGCUCCGGUCGGAGGUUGGGCGCGUGCUCACGUUUGAGAAGAGCGCCGGCUACACGCACACGCGCCGCAAGGGGUCGAGGGUGUCGGGGCUGGUCGACGUGGUGCCGACGCUGGCGCACCGGCUGAUGCCGAGCGCCCGCUUCAAGUGCGGCGGCAGCGUGGACGCCGACUUUGAGCAGAUGGUGCUCCGGUGGACCUACUGCCUCGCGACUUCCAAAAGCGUCGCCCCAAAGCGCAAGCUCUCUGCCGCGUGGGAGGCUGCCCUCCGCCUCGCAUACACGCCCGUCAUCCGCCGCUUCAAGGAGGCGCUGCCGUGCCUGCAUGCGCCGUGGCGCGAGGCGGACGGCGAGCAUGCCGGCGAGGCGGCGGACAACAAGGAGACGGGCGCACACGAGGAGCUGCGGCGCAAGAUGUGCCCCUGAAGCCCCUGAGGACGAGCCCCCCCCCCGCACCCCGGCACUACGCGACCCAUGACGUAACCCCUCAGGGCAUGCCUCCGUCAGGGGGCACAGGGGGCGCUCUUGGAGUCCGUGAAUCACUGCGUGGGUGUGUCGGUGCGCACGUGUGCCCCGUGUCCGUGUGGUGUGUGUCACCCGCGGAUCGACUGCCGAGUGCGCGUAACCGCAGAGAAGUGAGUGAGUGUCAGUCUCAUAGCGACCUCUCUUUGUCGCACGAUUCACACGUGCAUGGCUCGAGCCUCUAGACUCGACAUUC